ACUGAGGGACCAGUCUCCUAGCAGAUUUCCUAGGGUGCUGGCUCCCUGCACAGCUCUCUGAACAUCCAGCCCCCUCUGCACUGCCCUAAGCCUUCCAGGCUCAGAUCUGCCCUCCCUCCAUAGGCUGCCAGGGCUCGUUCUGUCUUCCCAUUCCCCUUCCUUACUCCCCUUCCCCACCUCACUGGCUCCCAAACCCCUGAUCUUUCCAGGCCCCCAUUUAUCCCUCCACUCUCCCCUGGCCAUCCCCCCCAACAUGGUGUUUACUGGCCCUGUGGGCAAGCGUGGGUCCAGAAGACCCAGCUUCAGGCACUGAGAGGAGCUGGACCUUGUGGCUGGAAGCCAGAGUCUGGGACUAGGCCAGGAGUUCCCAAAUGUGAGGGGUAAGAGCCCAGGACAAGCUCCCUCCUUGACAAUUCCCUGUGGAUUUUGAAAACAGAUAUUAUUUUUAUUAUUAUUGUGACAAAAUGUUGAUAAGUGGAUAUUAAAGAGAAUAAGUCAUAGUUUCUCCCUCUCUCUCUCUUUCUCUCUCUCUCCCUUUCUCUCUCUCUCUCUCUCUAUUGGGGCCCAGGGUGGCUCAGGGCUAUGGGAAGUGAGUCUGGGCACUGGGGAGCAGAGACAUGUAUGCCUCCAACUGGCAUUUAUAAGCAGAGAGCCGAAAGGUGCACUGCCCAGGAAAAAAACGGUCCUCCGUUCAAGGUACUACAGAGGUGGCCUCAUUUCCCUAGGAGGCGGACUUCCUCCUGUGGGGGAGUCCCUGGCUGGGAGGAGCAGGGCCCUUUCUCUUGGAGACCUCAGGACAUUCAGCAGGUGCUGGCUGGGAGAUGGAGGUGGAGAAGCUGCCCUGGAAGGAAGGCCCAGAGUCAGUAGGCCGGAUACCAGGACCAGGCAUUUGGGGAAUCUAGGUCCCUGGGUCCUGGGGAGGAAUCCGAAGUGCCUGGGGGGCUUGGAGCUAGUUCUUUGUCUUAGUUCAGAGCCUUAUGUAAGAGCUCUUCUCGGGAAACAGGAAGUCCUGCUUGCCAAGUUCAGCACAGGGAGCAGUGCAAGCCUUAUUCCAACACACCCGGCCCCAGCCUUAACCCCAGCACCCAGCCAGUUUCUUGUCCCUGGUUUGCUCCCUACCGACCCCUACCUCCCAGUUCUGUCAGUCACCCCUAGCAGACUUCCACAGAGAUCUCUCCCUUGCCCGGCCCACAGGGUCUUCCACACUUACCCCAGACCCUCAACACUGCUCAGCGUGUCCCCCAUCCCUGCUCCUGGCACCAUGCCCCACAGCCAGUCAACCUUCCCUCCCCCAACUCUGGAGCCAACCCCGCGUUCCUGAGCGCUGGCCGCUCCUCCUGGGUGUCACUGGCAGUCCUGUCCUUCCUAGAGAGACUGGCACCAAACUCUCCUGAGGCUGGGGGGGUCUCAAGGUGACUCUAGCCCCACAGCAGGGCGCCAGGAACACCAGUAGUACCCCAGCCUGCUUUCCCCCUCCCUCCUUUUUAUUCGCAAGUUCCUUUUUAUUUUUCCCUUGCGUAACGCUUUCGUACCACUGCCUGCACCUCCACCCUCCCCAGCCACCUCCUUGCCACCCCAUUCCUGAGACCACAGCUGUUGGCAGGGUCCUUGGCUCAUGCCAGCCUCAUCUCCUUUCUCGCUAUCCCCCAAAGGCCCCCUGGACAACAUGGGGGGCACAGCCCGAGAGUCAGCGCUCUCAGUUGCUCUGUGGUUGAGUUGGGGGGCAGCUCUGGGGGCUGUGGCUUGUGCCAUUGCUCUGCUGACCCAACAAACAGAGCUGCGAAGCCUAAGGAGGGAGCUGAGCCAGCUACAGAAGAGCGGAGGGCCCUCCCAGAGAGGAGAAGGGUCUCUCUGGCAGAGCCUCGGCAGUGCGCAGAGGCCUGAUGUUUUGGAAGCCUGGGAGAAUGGGGAGAGACGGAGGAGGAGGAGAGCAGUGGUCACCCAGAAGCGGAAGAAGAAGAGCUCAGUUCUGCAUCUUGUUCCCAUUAACGUUACAUCCAAGGAGGACUCUGAUGUGACAGAGGUGAUGUGGCAGCCAGCUUUUAGGCGUGGGAGAGGUCUGGAGGCCCAAGGAUGCGUUGUCCGAGUCUGGGACGCUGGAGUUUAUCUACUGUAUAGCCAGGUCCUGUUUCAUGAUGUGACUUUCACCAUGGGUCAGGUGGUAUCUCGGGAAGGCCAAGGAAGGCAGGAGACUCUAUUUCGAUGUAUAUGCAGCAUGCCCUCUGACCCUGCCAGGGCCUACAAUAGCUGCUACAGUGCAGUGUACUGGAAGAUGAAAGAGACUAUACAAGGGACUGGGUCUUGGGGGCCUGAGCCUCCCGGACCCGGCACAACUUACUCAAGCCCUAGGCGGGAGCGUCUUCGUUGGCCCCCACCCCCUAAACCACGGCUCAAGUCAGGCGGAGGGUUUGGGCCAGAUCCUGGGUCAGGGACCACAGUGCCAGCCAGACGUCUCCCUGUUCCUCGACCCUCUUUUGAUGCCUCAGCUAGUGAAGAGGAGGAAGAGGAGGAGGAUGAAGAAGAUGAAGAUGAGGAAGAGGAAGUGGCAGCUUGGAGGCUGCACCCCAGAUGGAGUCAACUGGGAGCUUCCCAGCGGUCUCGCCCUCCCCGCCCCACUCAUCGAAAAACCUGUUCACAGCGCCGCCGCAGAGCCAUGAGAGCCUUCCAGAUGCUGCUCUACUCAAAAAGCACCUCGCUGACAUUCCACUGGAAGCUUUGGGGGCGCCACCGGGGCCGACGGAGGAGCCUCGCACACCCCAAGAACCAUCUCUCCCCCCAGGAAGGGGGUGCAACGCCACAGGUGCCAUCCCCCUGCUGUCGUUUUGACUCCCCCAGGGGGCCACCCCCGCCCCGACUGGGUCUGCUAGGUGCUCUCAUGGCUGAGGAUGGGGUGAGAGGGUCUCCAGCAGUGCCCUCUGGGCCCCCCAUGGAGGAAGAUGGACUGAGGUGGACUCCAAAGUCUCCUCUGGACCCUGACACGGGUCUCCUCUCAUGUACUCUGCCCAACGGCUUUGGGGGACCACCUGGGCCAGAAGGGGAGCGUAGCCUGGCACCCCCUGAUGCCAGCAUCCUCAUCAGCAAUGUGUGCAGCAUCGGGGACCAUGUGGCUCAGGAACUUUUUCAGGGCUCUGAUUUGGGCACUGCAGAAGAAGCAGAGCGGCCUGGGGAGAAAGCUGGUCAGCAUAGCCCCCUGCGGGAAGAACAUGUGACCUGUGUACAAAGCAUCUUGGAUGAAUUCCUUCAGACUUACGGCAGCCUCAUCCCCCUCAGCACUGAUGAGGUAGUAGAGAAGUUGGAGGACAUUUUCCAACAGGAGUUCUCUACACCAUCUAGGAAGGGACUGGUACUACAGCUGAUCCAGUCAUACCAGCGGAUGCCAGGCAAUGCAAUGGUGAGGGGCUUCCGAGUGUCCUAUAAACGGCAUGUGCUGACUAUGGAUGACUUGGGGACCUUGUAUGGACAGAACUGGCUCAAUGACCAGGUGAUGAACAUGUAUGGAGACCUAGUCAUGGACACGGUUCCUGAAAAGGUGCAUUUCUUCAACAGUUUCUUCUAUGAUAAACUCCGUACCAAGGGUUAUGAUGGGGUGAAAAGGUGGACCAAAAAUGUGGACAUCUUCAAUAAGGAGCUACUGCUAAUCCCCAUACACCUGGAGGUACAUUGGUCCCUCAUCUCGGUUGAUGUGAGGCGACGCACCAUCACCUAUUUUGACUCACAGCGCACUCUAAACCGCCGUUGCCCUAAGCAUAUUGCCAAGUAUCUACAGGCUGAGGCGGUGAAGAAAGACCGGCUGGAUUUCCACCAGGGCUGGAAAGGUUACUUCAAAAUGAAUGUGGCCAGGCAGAAUAAUGACAGUGAUUGUGGCGCCUUUGUGUUGCAGUACUGCAAGCACCUGGCCCUGUCUCAGCCAUUCAGCUUCACCCAGCAGGACAUGCCCAAACUUCGACGGCAGAUCUACAAGGAGCUGUGUCACUGCAAACUCACUGUGUGAGCCUCGUACCCCAGGCCCUGGGCCCAUUAAUGGGCAGGGAGACAUGGGAGACCCUUCCCAAGAAACUCCGGUUCCUUUCCUCUUGCCUUUCCCCUCCAGACCCCCCUUUUUCAUAUUUAAAUGUUUUGAUUUCUGUAUUUUUUUUCUUUGAGAGAAUACUUCUUGAUUUCUGAUAGGCAGGGAGUGGCCACAGAAAAGCCCUUUUCUUCCUCUUUGCAGAGAGGAGUAUUGCCUUGUGGCCAGGGUGGAGCAGUCAUCCCCCUUCCAUGCACAGGGGGCAGGAAAUCCUUGUGGGGUGGGGGGAGCAGAGGGAUUACUGCCUGCCAGAUCUUCAGACUUUUUUUUAUAUAUAUAUAUAU